UCUUAUAUCACUCAGGUGAAGAGCCCCUUCCUCACACAAACACUUCUCUCUCCUCUCUCUCCGCAGAUUUUCCCCUUGGGGCUCAUUAUUAUUAGCAUUGAUGCUGGCAGCGCCGGUGUUCGUUUUCAUCCAUUAAUUUCACCAAUCGAAUUGCAGUUCCUGCCGUGAUUUUGCUGCUGUCGUUCAUUGAUGUCGAAGAUGGGUGGUGAUAUGGCGCUUAGCUUGGAAGGAAUCAAAAAUGAAACCGUCGAUCUGGAAAAGGUACCGAUCGAGGAGGUGUUUGAGCAGUUAAAAUGUAACCGCGAAGGUUUGAGUUCAGAUGAAGGAGCCCAGAGGCUUGAAAUUUUCGGACCCAACAAAUUGGAGGAAAAGAGGGAGAGCAAGUUCCUCAAGUUUCUUGGGUUUAUGUGGAAUCCACUAUCAUGGGUUAUGGAGGCUGCAGCUAUAAUGGCAAUUGCACUUGCUAAUGGCGGUGGAAAGCCACCGGAUUAUCAAGAUUUCAUUGGUAUUGUCUGCCUCCUUGUUAUCAACUCCACCAUCAGUUUCAUUGAAGAAAACAACGCCGGAAAUGCUGCUGCUGCACUUAUGGCUGGUCUUGCUCCUAAAACCAAGGUUUUGAGAGAUGGUCGAUGGAGUGAACAAGAAGCGGCGAUUUUGGUUCCCGGAGACAUUAUCAGCAUCAAGCUCGGUGACAUCGUCCCCGCCGACGCUCGUCUUCUCGAAGGAGAUCCUUUAAAAAUCGAUCAAUCCGCACUUACCGGAGAAUCCCUUCCGGUGACGAAAAACCCCUACGAUGAAGUCUUCUCCGGUUCAACCUGCAAGCAAGGUGAACUCGAAGCCGUCGUCAUCGCCACCGGAGUCCACACCUUCUUCGGAAAAGCCGCACAUCUCGUCGACAGCACAAACCAAGUCGGACAUUUCCAGAAAGUUCUUACCUCAAUCGGAAACUUCUGCAUCUGCUCCAUCGCCGUCGGAAUGGCCAUCGAAAUCGUCGUCAUGUACCCGAUCCAACACCGUCCGUACAGACAAGGAAUCGACAAUCUAUUGGUGUUGCUCAUCGGAGGAAUCCCAAUCGCUAUGCCGACUGUUCUUUCCGUCACCAUGGCUAUCGGAUCUCACAGGCUUUCACAACAAGGCGCGAUUACCAAAAGAAUGACAGCCAUUGAAGAAAUGGCAGGAAUGGACGUUCUUUGUUCCGAUAAAACCGGAACUCUAACACUUAACAAACUUUCAGUCGAUAAAAAUUUAAUCGAAGUGUUUGCGAAAGGUAUCGAUAAGGAACAGGUGUUGCUUGAAGCUGCUAGGGCUUCAAGGACUGAAAACCAGGACGCCAUUGACGCUGCCAUUGUUGGAACCCUAGCUGAUCCUAAAGAAGCACGUGCUGGAAUCAGAGAGGUUCAUUUCUUUCCGUUUAACCCUGUAGACAAAAGAACUGCUUUGACUUACAUCGAUGGUGAAGGCAACUGGCAUAGAGCUAGCAAAGGUGCACCUGAACAAAUCCUCACCCUUUGUGCUUGCAAAGAAGAUUUGAAGAAGAAAGUUCACGCCAUGAUUGAUAAAUUCGCUGAACGUGGUCUUCGUUCAUUGGCUGUUGCAAGACAGGAAGUCCCCCAAAAGUCUAAAGAUAGCCCCGGAAGCCCAUGGCAAUUCGUUGGAUUGUUGUCUCUCUUUGAUCCACCAAGACAUGACAGCGCUGAAACCAUUAGACAAGCUCUAAACCUCGGUGUAAAUGUCAAGAUGAUUACAGGUGAUCAACUUGCUAUUGCUAAGGAAACUGGUAGAAGACUUGGAAUGGGAACAAACAUGUAUCCUUCUUCUUCUUUACUCGGUGGACACAAAGAUGAGUCCAUUGCUGCACUUCCUAUUGAUGAGUUGAUUGAGAAAGCAGAUGGAUUCGCUGGAGUCUUCCCUGAGCACAAGUAUGAAAUUGUGAAGAAAUUACAAGAGAGGAAGCAUAUUUGUGGAAUGACUGGUGAUGGUGUGAAUGAUGCUCCUGCUUUGAAAAAAGCUGACAUUGGAAUCGCUGUUGCUGAUGCUACAGAUGCUGCAAGAGGUGCUUCUGACAUCGUGCUUACUGAACCUGGGCUUAGUGUUAUCAUUAGUGCUGUUCUUACCAGUAGAGCUAUUUUCCAAAGAAUGAAAAAUUACACAAUCUAUGCAGUUUCUAUCACUAUCCGUAUCGUGUUUGGAUUCAUGUUCAUUGCUUUGAUAUGGAAGUUUGACUUCUCUCCCUUCAUGGUUCUUAUUAUUGCAAUUCUAAACGACGGGACAAUCAUGACAAUCUCAAAGGAUAGAGUGAAGCCAUCUCCAUUACCCGAUAGCUGGAAACUAAAAGAGAUCUUUGCCACUGGCAUUGUGCUUGGAGGUUACUUAGCUUUGAUGACCGUUAUCUUCUUCUGGAUCAUGAAAGACACCGAUUUCUUCUCCGAUAAAUUUGGAGUGAAAUCUCUGAGAACUAGUGAAACCGAGAUGAUGGCUGCUUUAUAUUUACAAGUCAGUAUUGUGAGCCAGGCUUUGAUCUUUGUGACUCGCUCUCGCAGUUGGUCGUUUGUUGAACGACCUGGAUUCCUACUAAUGGGCGCUUUCUUAGCCGCACAAUUGGUGGCCACUUUAAUAGCAGUGUACGCGGAUUGGAGUUUCGCAAGAAUCAAAGGUUGUGGGUGGAAAUGGGCUGGUGUUGUCUGGAUUUACAGUCUCGUCUUCUAUUUCCCUCUCGACAUCAUGAAGUUUGCCAUCCGGUAUAUCCUUAGUGGCAAGGCCUGGAACAACUUGCUCGACAACAAGACCGCUUUCACGACCAAGAAGGAUUAUGGAAGAGAGGAGAGAGAGGCUCAAUGGGCUCUUGCUCAGAGGACUUUACACGGUCUUCAAGCACCCGAGACUUCAAACAUCUUUAACGAGAAAAGCAGCUACAGAGAACUUUCUGAAAUCGCUGAACAGGCCAAAAGACGUGCUGAAGUUGCAAGGCUUCGGGAGGUGCUGACACUCAAGGGUCACGUGGAGUCAGUGGUGAAACUGAAGGGGCUUGAUAUUGACACAAUUCAACAACAUUAUACAGUAUGAGGAAGUUUUGAUUAAUGAUAAGGGAAAAAAAGGGUCGGUUUUUUACGUUUCUUUUUUUUUUAACUUAUUACUGAAUCGAGGCAAAAACUAGAAGACCAUGUUAAAACCAUGGGGGAGACAUACUAUGUGCUGCAAUGCAGCCUCGAGUGUUUAAAAAUCUAUCUUUGUGAGUAUACCUGCGAAAGGGUUUGUGUUUGGUCGCUUCAUACUUUGUUAGCCAUGAAGCAAAGUUAAAACAUUUUCGGUUUUAGUUAUUUUUCUUUUUUCCCUUUAAUACUCUGUUUUGCAUGUGUAAUGUGCUCUCUCUUCUUGUUUGAAUGAAUCAAUGUAAUGAACAAAACCAAUUUGCAAAUUGGUACUUGUAAUCUACAAGUUUUACUCUUAACAUUUGUGA